AUGGGAUUCUUCUGGAAGUUGUUCAUGGAUGUUUUCAACGUUACUGAUCAAGAUGGGAACAAAGUCACUCAUGAAAUCGUUCCUGGAUACAUCCGUAAAACGGGUGUUCAUCAUACGAAGGAAGAUUAUGCUGUGACAGGAAAAGAACCAAAGGAUGAAGUUCAAAUCUACACUUGGAAAGCAUCUUCGUGA